CGGAGGAGGAUGACAUUGAGGACGUCAAGAAUGCCCAGGCGACAUCUGCAUCAGUCAGGAUAUCUUCAGGUCAGUCACAAUUCUCUCUGGAGCCGAAGUUACAAAAACUGACAAGUGAUGAUGAUAUUGAACAUUUCCUUGUUACGUUUGAGAGAAUGGCAGCUGCCUGUAGAUGGCCGAAAGCAGACUGGGUUUUUCACCUCAUUCCUCUCCUGACUGGAAAGGCAAGGAGUGCCUAUGUUCAUAUGGAUGUAGAUGAGACACACAAUUAUGAUGAUGUGAAAACAGCCAUCUUAAAGAAGUAUGACAUUAAUCCAGAAACGUACCGACAAAGGUUUCGUUCCCUGUAUGUUUAUCCUGAUGAGAGCCCUAAAGAACUUUAUGUGAGGCUGAAGGAAUUGUAUGGGAAAUGGAUUUUACCCAGAGGUAAAACCGUGGAAGAAAUUGGUGAAAUGUUGAUUAUGGAACAAUUUCUGAGAAUGUUGUCCCCUGAGCUCCAGGUGUGGAUAAAAGAGCAUGAUCCAAAAUCUGCUGCAGAAGCUUCGACCCUCGCAGAUGUGUUUGUGGCUGCUCGCAGGAAGGGACAGCCAUGGAGUAAUGCCUCAUUUAAAGAUAAGAAUGCCUGCAAGCCAGCAUCAUCUCGGCACCACCAGGGUUCAGCAACAGGUGGGAGUAAAAUCUCAAGAAUUGAAUUGCCUGCCAAUUUUCCUAAUAAAUUUAGUAAGAGACUUCCAGUUUGUUAUCUAUGUGGUCAGGAAGGGCACACUAAACCUGUGUGUCCACAAAACCCCUUAAAACUGACCCAGAUGUGCUUGGUACCAUCCCAAGACUCAGAUAUAAAAGAAAGGGGAUCUUUAACAAGAAUGACUUUGGUUCACAGACAAUUUAUACCAAGUGGCGUGCAUACUUAUGAUACCAUCUCAAUCUGUUGUGUGCAUGGGGAGGAGAGGCCUUACCCUACUGCUGACAUAUUUAUUGAAGUAGGUGGACAAGCCUAUUUAUUGAAAGUAGUUGUGGCUGAUGCCUUGCCCUUCCCAGUAAUUUUGGGUGAAGACCUGCCAGUGCUCAAUGAUUUGUUAAAACCAGCAAAGGACUGUAAUGUGGCUAUUACGAGGGCCAAAGCUGCAGAAGUAAAUGAACAUCUUCCAACUUUGAGUACCUUACCUUUCUUUGACGCUGACGUGGAGACUGAUCCUGGGAGAUCUAGGAAAUCACGGAAUCAACGAAAGCAAGAAAAGUUCAGAGGUCCAGUACAUCCCUGGGAAAGAAAAUGUGACUGCUGACUUUCUCUCUCGCUGUCCUAGCGGCAGUUUCCAAGAGGGGGGGAAUGUGAUGGCCACACCUGCAGCCACACAGUCGGUAACCUCACAAACCACUUUUUCACUUUAAGUUUGCACAUACUGUAUACAUACGUUAAUUUGUUUGGUUUUUAGUGUGGCAAUGUUGAAGUACAUCAGUUCCAAUUGUAGCGCGCACAUUUGGUUAACUUUUGUAUAUUUAAUUUUGUUACAUGCUUAACAUCUGUUUGUUUUCUUUUUUUGGUGUUGUGGGGAGUGCCUUCAACUGGGCUGAAGCAGAGGACUCUGGCUGGCACACUCCAAUCCCUGAUUGACUCACUGAUUGGGUGGUACCAUCUGGAGUUCCACUAGGGGGGAGAAGACCAUGGAGUCCUUAUUUUAAUUCUGUGGCAUAAUCUUUCUUUUGCUUUUGUGAUUUAUUUAUUUUGCUAAUUUUUAGUUAUUAGUCAUUUAAGUUUAAUCCUUAAACCAACUGUGUUUAGUUAUCUUUGUUGUUGCAUAGAUGUUCCCUUUCCCUCUUCCUCAGUGUUAGUCUGGUCUGAUCAGCCAGUAUUUAAGCCCCCUUUGUUUGUUGUAUGUCAGGUCAGUUUGUUUGUUUGAGCAGUUAGUUUGAGGUUUUUGUUAUGUUUAACUUUGAUAU